CCCAUCCGGUGGAACAAAGGAAGCCAAUAGUUGUCUGUCAUCUGCAAGACAAGCUUGUAGUUACGUCCGCCUGCAACGUUGUCGGAGACUGAUUUUUACUGCGUCUUCUGAUACUGACUUCUCUCUCCUCUGUAAUCAGGAUCCUAUUCUGCAAAGGACGUAAAAGGUUCCUGUGUUCCACGUAGAAAUUCCACUUUGAAGAACUAUCUGCGGUAGCAGUUCCAUGCUGUCUGGUGGAAAUGAAAAAACUCGCCCAACGGUGCUUUCUGGAUUGUCCCCUCUCAAGCUCGAAGUCGUGUAAUAGUGUCUUACUGUCUCCCUGUGUAUCUAUUAAAUGCAGACUGGGUUAAAACGCUGAGUAUAGCCGUCUCGGUAAUUGCCGUCGUCUCUCAUCUGACACUGAAGUACUCUUUCCGUAUCUUGCACAGCAACGAGGAAUGGGAAAUAGUCAGCAGAAAGCAGCUUGUGAAGUGGAAAACAUGAGUCAACCGAAAGUGAUACUGCACAAUUCACGAUUGAAAAGGUUGCAAAGCGCGUAAGAAGUGAAGUUGGUGAGCCGGUCGUCUUCUUGUUAUAGUGCUUUGAAUGUGUGUUUCGCAAGAAGCCUUUCAUCACGCGCAGAGUUCUGUUUUCAUGACAUGCGUAAGACUCGGACAAGUCAUGUAUUAUGCCCGUUUCUCAUCGUCGUAACGAGUGGCGGGAUAUUGCAACAAACCAUUCUUCCAGGUACCAUGUAUGCCUUUUUUAUAUAAACUGCUGCAAACGGAAAUUGUCUUUUGCGGAACAUCUCGCUCGGCACAUACUUGGCAGUCUUCUGGGCAGUGAGAAUGCGGUGUCGUAAUACAACUCAAUUACCGGGUAUGUAUGGAACUGGCAUGUUGACGGCUCAUACUCACAACUGGCGGUGGCCUCAUUCCAAGUAAUUACCGCUAUACAGAGUUAGGGCUUCUUUUGAAUGCUGAUUUGGACAGCAUUUUGAGGACGAAAUGGACUAAAUGGAAGCUUAUGCGGAAUGCUGUGACGCGCAAACAAACUUGUCGACUCAGUGCAGUACCCGAUACGAGACCGCUGAGCUCUACGGAGAUUUCUGCGCGGAAUUCACACUGCUCUGGCUGGCCCUCGCUCUUCAAAAAUGAUGCAGACCCGCCGUAACUACCUGUGCUGAUCUGCACGGAGCGGUGUUGCUCUACCAUUCCUACAACUACUACUAUAAUUUGUAACUUGGUCGUCACGAGACAAGGAGACGUUUCCAGGUUCAGCGACCGACAGUUUCGCCAACAGUUUUUGCGGGAGUGUAAUAUUGGACGGAGAAGAGCACGAAUUCGUUCGAUUCGCGGCGCGUCAUUUGUCUUGUGGGCCCCUCGUAGCGGUCGCCCCCCCCCCCCGACCGAAAACAUGCCAUGGGCUUUUGAGCCGCAGCCCCGUUUAACGCAAAUGCAUUGUAGUAGAGCGGUCUUUCCGCGAAGAUGCCAACGCAGCCUUGAAUACCUUUCUUUGAAUGAACUGCGGCCGUUCAUUCACUGCGUUUCCCUGGUGUCAAACUCCUGCCUGCACGUCCACAAAUUCAUUCCACAACAGAGAAUUCGGAUUUACGUGAAUCUUAAAUGGUCUCUUGCCCAGGGCAAGGUACGGAUCAGCAGCGAGAAAAUUACAGAGAGAAAAACUUGCGUCCCCCUGUCGGAUACUUCGCCGCCACAGGAUUCGCCGUCACAGGAUAGAGGUUGAAGUGAAGAGCCGCCUAAAAGUGAAGAAAAAUCCAGGUUUACCUUCUGUCGAAGCAAGCGUUGGACCUGGGCUUUCAGGAUGCUUCCAGUCACGUACAACCUUAACAAACCCGAUGGAGGUGGCAUCCUCCCGUCUAGUCCUCAGGCCAAGAUUACAGCAGCAGUCAAAGCUGGAAUGCUCGAUUCGCAGCUACGCGUUCGAGACUUGAAUGCAUAUCGGACAUCGACCGCUGAUAUGACUCAAGGCCUAGAGACUCACGUGAAAAGCUGUAUGCCCUCUGGUUACGGCGGCCACGUCCCGACAAUGAGACAUGACGUGCUCCACCGCAACACACAGUUCGACGACAGAUUGUACAAGCUAACACAUGACCCAAACAGAGACACAUUCGGCGACUUUGAGGACAACCUACAAGGGAGAUCGUGUCUGACGAGGAACCCCCGGUGAGCGGCACCUCUUGUGACUCAUUCGGAAGUAGCGCGCUGGCAGCCGUGAAGGAGCCCUGCAUAUACAAACAACACUUUUAUUGCUGUGACGAUUGAUAUUCAAUGUUGUGGUAGCGUUGUCUGAACGAAACGAUCGAUGUGGCAGCUGGUCGCCACGCGGGUAUAAACACUAGUCAUUCAUUUCUCAAAAAGCAGGUUACCCCACCUUUUCACUUUAUUCUUGUAUUUUCAGAAGACCUGGGACAAAUCCGACAAAGGGAUGCUUCCCGACCGGCCCUGUUGUGCCUCCAUGGGCAGUUCUCAAGCCCCAGCGACCGCCACCCAAUUAUCACAACGCAGAAGAUGCCACUAAGAAAACUCUUGGAAUUUUUCGCUGACAGCAUCCCGAUGCAAGUCAGUGAGAACAGGGCUAACGAAACUUUGUGCUGCACGAAACAAAUAGCUGUUUGUUCCUUUGGAGGCUUGCCUGAAACGGAAGAAUUUUCCCGUGGGCUGCUGGCGCCAUUUGACUGUGGGAUUCUUCUUCAGAGGUAUGGCCACCAAACCGCCUGCCUCAGGUAGAUUCUAUCAGCGGACAACUGAAAUUCAACUGGAG